GGCGUCGUGCGCGUGCUGCUGCGGGGGUUGCCGGAGCAACCAGCGGCGCCCUUUGAGCUGCGGGAGUUCUUCGCGGGCAGAGCGAGCUGCGCGAAGGGGCAGCGCGCAGCAAGGGGGAGAGAGGCGCCUGGGGGGCAGCGGAGAGAGACACGCCCCCCCCCCCGGAGGCGAGCGAGCAUCCCCGCAGGGAAGCCCCCACCAGCCCCCCCCCCCCACUGGGCUGGGCUCCACUCUCUCCCCUGGAGGAGGAGGGGGCAGGUGCUCCCCCUGGGGGGCUGAGAGUCUGUCUGUGGGGCAGCCCCACUCAGGGGCCAGGGGGGAGGCCUCCUCCUCCUCCUGCUGAGCCAGGGGCCCCCGUAAUUUGGGAGCCUGGUGCCCGCCCGCCUGUGGUGCAGCAGCUCCAACUAGUCCUUGGCUCCUUGCAGGCGCCCUUCUUGUUCCUUGCAGGCUGCUUCUCACCUGGGCAAGCUCGCCUUCCCCGCUUCCUUCCUCGGCCAGGGAGCCGGAGGAGGAGGAGGAGGAGGCUUGGCACACCUCACUCAGCCCCCCCCCCUGCCCCAGAGGAGAGGAGCCACUCCGUACUAGCCCCUGGCACCUGCUGCCCAGGGCGGGCUAGCUGCCGGGGGGGGGAGGCGGCCUCCCCGCAGGGACGGUGGUGGUCGCAGCGUUGCCCGGCGGGGGGACGGAGUGGCAGGGCAGCCGUGCCAAGAUGCCCGUCAACCCGAAGACGGACCCCCGCUACUUUGUGGUCAUCCAGCCCCUGCCCAUCCCCACCCAGCAGGGCCGGAAGGUCCAGGCCCGCUGCAGCACCGUCUACAACUGCUGGGACAGCACCCGGCAGCAGGUCUUCCUGCAGAACUAUCGCCGGAGGACCAGGCAGCUCACCCAGCAGGGCUACUUCACGCCCGGCUGCAAACCCUACCAGGAUUUUGCAGACCCUCUUUACCUGGAGCCCAAGAAAGUGACUCUUUUCGGUCUGGGACAGCUGCCCCCGGAAGUCACCAGAGAGGAUGUACCUGUUGUGGAAGAAGUAGUGGAGCAAGUGGAAACCGUGAGUGCACGGAAGACUCCACCAAAGCAAAAGGAACCGGAGAAGAAGCCCCUGCCUCUUCGGCACUUGGAAAAGGACCUGAAGACCCUCCACAGAGACCUUGCACACACAAGGCACUUGAUCCACUCAGUGAAGAUUGGGCGUGGCUAUUUCCACAUGCUGCAACGAGAAACCUUGGAGAGGGAGCAUGCACUCAGGCUGGAGCAGUGGAAAGAGGAGCAGAGGGAGAAGACGGAGUUCCAGCCCCCGACAUAUCCGUCGUCGUCGUCCUCCGACGAAGACUCCUCCGACGAAGACCUAAGCAACUUCUUUCUAACAGAAUGUCCCCUUAUGAGAGAGACGGAGAAGAAGAAGAAGAAGAAGAUUGUCCGGCCGUUCACACCUGUCCACAAUGGACUGCCAGCCCCAAAGCACCCCGAAGGACACUUUGAAUCCCUCUUUCGGCAGCUCUGUGCCCUCCAUUGGCUCCUGGAGGCCUUGACGCUUGAGCCCAGCAGCAGCAUGAAGCCGGUGAUAACCUGCUGGAGUGCCAAGGACUAUGGUGGUGGAAGGAGCUCCAUGAAAGUGGUUAACAGAGAGAGGACAGUGAAGACGCGGUGGGAACACUUCCUCCUGCACACCAAGGGCCGAAGAUACACCCCGAAGUCAUUCCGCGGCCCCAGCAGCCGGAAGAUGCCCAAGAAGCCCUCUGCCGUGAGCGAAUCCAGGACGAGCGGGCUGUCCUCCCCCCACAGCAAGACCACGCUGGCCAGCACCAGCUCCCUGACCCCCGGCUCGGAUGAGGCCCAGCCCCCUUCAGACAGUGCCAAGGACGCCGAAGAGAUGGAGUCCCUGCACAGCAGGCAGACCCGGGAGACCAAGGAAGAGGAGGAGCCCCUCAGCUACUACUUGCAGACCUUGCUUCAGAUGAUCCACGAAGACGUAGCAAAGAAUUUCAGCAAAGAAAAUAUGUUUUGGAGCACAAAGCCUACCUAUUCUCACUCCCUGUCCACGAGGUCUGACCCUGACAGUGACGUUUCGUUUGGGCACAAAGGCAAAAGCUCGGCCUCCUCUUCCAAGGACGACAGAACCAGCACGGGGGCCAUGCGGGAAGACACCCCAGUGGAGCAGAAGCCCAAGACUCCGCUGGCCGUGACGCUGCGGGAAGACAAGACGACCACAGCAACGUACAAGGACGAAGAAAGCACCGCCCAGUUCGGCCAGCCCCAGAGCAGUUUCAUCACACAGAAGCAGAAGAUGUGCAAUGAGACGAGGGAGAUCUUCUACGACAUUGCCCAGGAGUCGGCCUUCCGGCUGCACGAUCAGCUGGACAUCAUGGAGCGGAGGCGAGAAGAAAAGAGUGUGCAGAAGUAUAUGUCCCUGAAGCGCCUCACAAGGUACCGAAGAGACCUCGAGAGGAUGAGGCAGUCGGUCCUGGGGACUGAACCGGAACAGGAUGCCGAGUCGGAAAACUGGUUUUCCACUCUGCUGGCCAGGAUUCCCGAUGAUAUCAGGAGAGACCACCGUACCCAGAAAGUCCUUAAAAAACUGGAGAGAUUUGCCAGGAAUCCAGACCUGCGGAUCCGGCCGCCCACCUUCCUGAAGAUACUGGGGGAGCUUCGCACCUGGGAGCUCUGCUCACCGGACAUCUGCGCUGCUGUGCAGUUUGUGCGGGAACAUAUUGUGCAGAUGCCCGAAGAGGACUACAGAGAGUGGCUUCAGGCCCGGGUGCCGAUCCCUAAACGGGCACGCAGCGCCCCACCACUGUACUGAGCCAUCCAUCACAGCCCCCGAAGGACGGCCCCGUUCUUGGAAUAGAUGGCACGCUUGUGAACGGAGCGCUGGAUCUUUGAAGAGCGGCUGGGAUGGGCCACCCUCUAGGGAGAUGACCUAGAGACUCGUGUGGGUCCGGGGGACGGGACCUGGCCCUCCAGCUGCUGUUAAACUGCAACUCCCAUCAUGCCCAGCCCCAAUUGUGGCUGGGCAUGAUGGGAGUUGUAGUUCAGCAGCAGCUGGAAGGCCCAGCCUGCCCACCCGGGACUCCCGGCCAGUGUGCCCAAGAAGUGCCUCGGAGCACCGAAACUGCUCAUUCUCCAAGGCUGGUCUAGAACUGCCUUGUGCAGCUUCAAAACCACCAGUGAGAAUUGAACAGCCCUUUGGAACUUCACAGGGACCUUCUGCCUUGAACGUUGAGAAGUUCUGUUUGGUUUUGUGUUGAUGCCGUUAAGCCAGGAGAGGGGAGGAGGGGAAGGUCUCCUGGCCUCCUCUGCCUGGCCCAGCCAUCCGUUGGCUUGCAUCGCUUGGCUCCCUCCAGCGGAAGUUCUGGCAUGGUCUGUUUGCAUUUCUGUGUUGUUGGGUUUGAAUUGGAUUCAUUAAACUGUUCGCAUUCCA